UUCUUACAGAAGACUCCCUUCCCCCCUUCAGGGACGGAGGAGGGCCAUCUUCGUCGUCGUCUCCGUCCUCCUUUUCGGGAGAACUUCCACACUGGUGACCCUCUCACGUGCGUGAAGCCAUUCGGCCCCUCCGAGGAGGUAACUUCCGGCCGUCUUCUUCCUCCGUGUCGAGGGUUUUCGAUCCUCAGUUGAGUUGGGAUUUUCCUUUUCUGGCUGGAAGUUCUUCGCUCCUUCAUUUUCUGCUUCGGAUUUGGUGACGAAUUAGGGUUUCCACUGUGUCUUCGGUUGAGCAUCUAGGGGUUUUCCUUCGUGUCGGCGAAGGGAUUCGAUCUUACAGUUCACUUUGGCCUAUUAGCGAUCUUCCCGAGUCUCGGGUGGAUUGGUGAGUUUGAGGUGAUUCCUGUGUUUCUGGAGCAAUGGUUUAGUUGUUUUAUUCCGCUUGAUUUUCUGGAUUUUGGUGGGUUUGGCGUAGAAAGUUUGGAUUUCUUUUGUCUGAGUGACUUUUUGCUGGUUCCGUUCUUUUCAUCCUCUCUGGUUGGGAAUUUCAAGAAGGAAGGUAGAUAUUUUCCGGAUCUAUAACAUGCUAUUCUUCUGAUGUUUUUUGUGUUUGCCUAAGCGGGGAUUUGAGAUGUUUCCUGAAGUCCCCUCCCUGUCUUAGCGUGCUUCUUUACCAUGCCAUUUUAUUCUUCCUCCUUUUUCCUUUGCAUGAGCUUGCUCUCCAAUCCGAAACCAAAUGCACUUGUUGGUUCAUGAUCAGUUCUUUCCUGGGUGAAUGCCGUUCUAUUCCGUUUGGUGGUCUUUACGACAUAGCAAAUCUGUAGCGGUUCCUGUUACAAUGCUAAUAUUGGAACCGGUGUUUCCCCUGCCGUUACUUGAAUCUCAUCAGUAAUCACUAGACCUGGAAUAAGCUUGUUUUUUCAUACACUCUGGUGUUGGGGUGCUAGAUAAAGGAGCUCAAUUUCCUCUUCUUCUUGGGGUUAUUGUUACAAAGAAAGUGGUCAUCAUCUUUCUACAUCUUUGUUUCAUCUUGAGACAAUGGAAGGGAACUUGUCAGGAGGAAACAUGAUUGCUGGUCCUUCCUAUGGUGUCUUAGAGCUACAAGGAUCUUUGCAUCCCCACCAGCAUCAUCAACACUCACAUGCACUAAAUCAGAACCAUCAACAGCAUCAGCGCCCUCCGAGUCAUCAUCCCCACCUCCUUCAAGAUGUGUACCCUAUGUCGGUUACUCCACUCGACUGCGAGCCGUCGUUGGCAGCGCCUGACUUCAGGGGUAGCCACAGAAGCACCCAUAGUGGUGCCAAAUUGUGUGCCAGUGAUGAAGAUGAACCCAGCUUUAAUGAGGAUGGCAUCGAUGGUCACCCGGAGGAUGGCAAGGGUAAGAAGAAUUCACCUUGGCACAGAAUGAAAUGGACGGAUGGCAUGGUGAAGCUUCUGAUUUCUAUCGUGUCAUACAUUGGAGAAGAUGCUGCUUCGGAAUGCAGUGGAGGAAGGAAGAAGCUUGUGAUUUUGCAAAAGAAGGGGAAGUGGAAAACUGUCUCUAAAGUCAUGGCGGCAAGAGGAUGCUACGUUUCCCCGCAACAAUGUGAAGAUAAAUUUAACGAUCUUAAUAAGAGGUACAAGAGGCUUACGGAUGUGCUAGGAAGGGGGACCUCAUGUAAAGUUGUUGAGAACCCUGUGCUUUUAGAUUCCAUGGACCAUCUUUCCGAGAAGUCCAAGGAAGAUGUGAGAAAGAUUCUGAGCUCUAAGCAUCUGUUUUAUGAAGAGAUGUGCUCUUAUCACAAUGGCAACCGCCUGCAUUUGCUAGAUGACCCAUCACUUUUACAGUGCUUGCAAUCGGUUCUCAGAGGGAGAGACGGCCGGGCGUCGAGCAGGUCGGCAAGAGAUGACAACGAUUGUGAGGAUGAUGAAGAUGAAAUUGAGGAAGGUAACGACGAUCCAGAGGAUAAUGAAUUUCAUGGAGAGGAUGGGGGCUUAAUACACAAGAGGCCUAAGAUUCGGAGCAACAUAGAAGACACGAGCUUGUGGACAAUUCCUAAUGCACAUGACUUCUCCAAGCGAAUUGGUUCAGAAAAUCUUGUAGUAGGGGAAGCAAACGAGAUGACACAGGAACAGGCAUCAUGGAUGCAGAGGGAAUGGAUAAAAAACCGAAUGUUGCAGCUGGAAGAACAAAAGAUAAACAUCCAAGCUCAAGCUCUAGAGCUUGAAGCUCAGCGCUUCAAGUGGCAGAGAUUUAGCAGGAAGAAGGACAGGGAAUUGGAUAAGCUGAAGCUUGAAAAUGAAAGGAUGAAACUUGAAAACGAGCGCUUCGUGUUGCAAUUGAGAAGGAAAGAAUUAGAGCUCGGCUUAGGAAGGUCUGAUGCUUCAAUGCCUGAGUCCAGUCAUGCCUUGGUGCGUUUGCAGCGGACAGGAGAUCAGGAUGAGAUGGAAAGAACUCACUGCAUCUAAUGAAUCUGAAGGAGCUUGUCCUUUUCUUUCUGGUGUAGUGAGGCUUUUUCUUGUUUGAUCUGGGGGAAUUCCUUUGUUAUUAGUGAGCCAUUUUUGACAACGUGCAAGUAAAUGAUGUAGCUUGUAAACUGUCUUCCUUCCUGUGUAUAUGACCAACACCGUUAAGCAAGCAAUGCCUUGAAAUUUCAAUCCGUCGUUA